AUGGUUGACGCACCCGAUGCAGCAGCAGCCGGAGCAGGAACCGGAGCAGAUGCGAGCGAGGUGCAGGAUCCGAAGCUCGUGCUGGCGCAGAAGCUGUUCCUGCUGCGCCUGCCGUCCACGUCGGAUCUGGAUAAGACUCGGAUAAAAGAGGAAGUGCUUGAAGAGAUUUUCCGCGAUGACCUGGCCUCGCUGUACGUGUCAGGAGCCAGCGAGUACGGGUGGGAAGUGCAGCAGGAGAAGGUUGAUGCGAUGCAGACGCGGAUAUCAGAGGAGGUGGUGAAACUGGACGACAAGAUCAAGGACGCGGAGGAGAACCUGGGGGAGAGCGAGGUGCGCGAGGCCAUGCUUGCCAAGGCGCUGUACUUCAUCCGCGUGGGGGAUAAGGAAAAAGCUCUGGCACAGCUGGAAGCCACCAAGGCAAAGACAGUGGCAGUUGGACUGAAGAUGGACCUCGUGUUUCACGCGCUGAGAGUGGCCUUCUUCCACCUUGAUUUCCCCCUUAUCUCCUCCAACCUUGACAAGGCCAAGAAGUUGUUGGAAGAAGGCGGCGACUGGGAGCGCAAGAACCGCCUCAAGGUGUACGAGGGCCUGUACUGCCUGGCGUCGCGCAACUUCUCCCGUGCAGCGGACCUGUUCCUGGGCGCCAUAGCCACCUUCACAACCUACGAGCUGCUGCCGUAUCGUUCCCUUGUCUUCUACACCGUCAUUCUCAGUGUGGUCGCUCUCGACAGGGUGGCGCUCAAGCAGAAGGUCAUAGACACCCCGGAGAUCCUCACAGUCAUUGACCAAAUCCCCCACCUCGCGCCUUUCCUCAACAACCUGCACGCGUGUGACUACAAAGCCUUCUUCCGUGCCUUCUCUGGCCUAACGGAGCCCAUAAGGCAGGAUCGCUACCUGCAUCCACACAUGCGCUUCAUCCUGAGGGAGGUGCGAGUGGUGGCAUACUCGCAGUUUCUGGAGAGCUACAAGAGCGUCACUGCUGACGCCAUGGCCCGCAGCUUCGGGGUGUCUCUUGACUUCAUUGACAGCGAGCUGUCUCUCUUCAUAGCCAGUGGGCGACUAAACUGCAAGAUAGACAAGGUGGCAGGGGUGCUCGAGACCAACCGGCCGGACGCACGCAACGCUCAGUACCAAUCAGUGCUUAAGCAGGGGGAUCUGCUGCUUAACCGCAUUCAAAAGCUGUCACGAGUCAUUGAUGUGUGA